AUGGCUGUGUCAUCGAAGGGAAUACUGUUUAAGCAAAAAUCUAGAGGAUCCAUCAGGCAUGGAGAAGUGGCUAUUCCCCGUAACAUUGUUCGGUACGAAUGGAUCAAGUAUAAGCGAAAUUUCGAUUUCAUCGUUGCGGCUUCAGGGGAGACCGACAAAACUCGUAUCAAGAAUAUUUUUCUUGCACGAGCCGGACCAGACCUCCAGGAGGUAUUCGCGUCGAUCCCGGGUGCCGAUGUGGCUGAAAACGGAAACGAGGGGAUUGACCCAUACGCGGUCGCUAUACAGCAUCUAGACGCAUACUUCUCCCCUAAGCAACACGAGACGUUUGAGAGGAAUGUUUUCUGGACACUCAAACCGAAUCCGGAGGAGACAAUCGGAAAGUUUAUGUUGCGUUGUCAGGAUCAGGCUAGCAAGUGUAACUUUGGAAGUACGGCUCAGGAAAGCAGAGCCAUAAGUGUCAUUGACAAAGUCAUUCUUUUUGCCCCUAAUGAUCUGAAAGAACAACUUUUGCAAAAAGAUGCACUCGAUAUUGACCAAGUCGCUAAAAUUGUCAGUUCAUAUGAGUCGGUGAAGCAUCAAGCUCAGCUGAUGAAUAUGUCAUCUUCGGGAGCCUCCGAGUCCUUUAGGAUAAAUAGUGAUGAGAGGAGUAGCAUCAACCAAAUCCGAUUUCCCUCCUUCAACGAAUGUAGAAGAUGUGGAAACGACAAACAUCGGGCUAACGAUCUUAAGUGUCCAGCUCGUAAAAAGGAGUGUGGCAAGUGCAAACGAAUGGGACAUUAUGCCGUAAAAUGUCGAACACCUACAACUAAAAGGAAGUUUGCGGAAGAAAAUAGACCAGGUCCUAGCAACAGAUUCAAGAGAUACCGCAUAAACGAGAUCGAGAGCGACAGGGAAAGGGAAUCUCGAAGUUUCAUAUUUAAUAUAAACGACGGCGGAGAAUUACUUUGGCUCAAGCUUGGUGGAGUAACGUUACAGUUACUGAUCGAUUCGGGCUGCAUGAAAAAUAUAAUCAAUGAAAAGGCGUGGGAAUACUUGAAGAACAAUGGAGCGAAGAUAAGAAACCAAGUGAAGCAUUGCAGCGAAGUGUUUCUGCCGUAUGGGGAAAAAGCCAAACCGUUGACUGUCCUUGGGAAGUUUGACGCAUGCAUAUCAAUUGAUGACGAAGGAAAGCUCAUUGAAGAGGUUGCGACGUUUUACGUGGUACUCGGAGGCCAACAGUGCUUGUUAGGUCGUACCACAGCCAUGAGUCUGGGGGUUUUAUGUAUCGGAUUACCGAGCACUCACGGAAUUAACAUGAUUGAGUCUACGCAAAAACGGCCAUUCCCCAGAAUCAAAGGCGUUCAAAUCGAGAUACCUAUUGACACAAGUGUUGCGCCGGUGUGCCAACAUCCUCGUCGUCCCCCAAUUGCUCUUUUAUCCAAAAUAGAGGAAAAGCUAACCUCUUUGCUUGUUAGUGACAUCAUCGAGCCGGUAGAAGGCGGCUGUCAAUGGGUUUCACCAUUAGUAACAGUGGUUAAGGAUAAUGGGGACCUUCGAUUGUGUGUCGACAUGCGCCGCGCAAACCAGGCGAUUUUGCGAGAACGUCAUAUUAUGCCCACGAUUGAGGAUUUUUUGCCCAGAUUCACGUCUGCGAAGUAUUUUAGUCGUCUCGACAUAAAAGAGGCUUUUCAUCAAGUGGAGUUGAAAGAAGAAAGCCGUUACAUAACAACCUUCAUAACCCACAUGGGCCUCUUUCGCUAUAAACGGCUGAUGUACGGAAUUGUAGUUGCUCCAGAGAUCUUCCAGCGAAUCUUGGAGCAAGUUUUGAGUCGCUGCAAAAACACCGUCAAUUUUAUCGACGAUAUCCUUGUCUUUGGUAGCACAGAAGAAGAACAUGAUGCGGAACUAAAGGUAGUACUAUCGAUUCUGAAAGAUCGUGAAAUCCUCUUAAACCAAGAGAAAUGUCUGUUCAAGGUUAAUAGUUUGGAAUUUCUCGGACACACGAUCUCGUCGGAAGGCAUCAGACCGUCAAACCGUAAAGUUGAGGCUCUUCAAAGAUUUCGACCACCAAUCACCGCCGAGGAGGUACGAAGUUUCCUUGGGUUAGUGACGUACGUCGGACGCUUCCUCCCGAAUCUAGCAACAAUAACAGCACCGCUUCGCGAACUGACCCGGUCCGGCAUUAAAUUCGUAUGGGGGACAAAACAAGAGGAAUCCUUCAUGAAGAUUAAGAACAUGAUCAGUAAUGUGCAGCAAUUGUAUUUUUUCGAUAACACCUUCCGAACUAGGCUUAUCGCGGAUGCAUCACCAGUAGCGUUGGGGGCGGUUUUAAUACAAUUCGAAGGUUCAUCUGAUUGCGAGCCACGACCGAUUGCAUACGCCAGCAAGAGUCUAACAAGCACCGAACAGAGAUACUGUCAGACUGAGAAAGAGGCAUUAGCCUUAGAUUGGGGGGUAGAAAGGUUUGCGGUAUAUCUUUAG